AUGAGGUUCCUCACGGGACUGCUCGUGCUGGGCAUGUCCCUUUGGACUGCUGAAGCCUACGAGGUUGGACUGAGCGAGAAAGAUGGUUACCAGGAAUUCUGCACCGGCAUGUAUAGCCGAAGCUCAUGGGGUGGACCCGUCGAUCCCUUCAUCCUCACCAAGUUCCUCAACACCAGCCAGUCCAACGACAAAGAUCCGAUGGCCAGCUUGGUGAUAUUCGAGUGGAAGGACAGGGGACUCAUUGGAGUACAGGAUCCCGACAACCCCGCCAACCGAUUUGGAGUCUGCAGGGACGAUCUGAUCAAGCAAAACUUCUGUAACGAGACCGACAAGGGCAAGUUUAUCCUGGCCCCCGAUGCCGACAAGAAGUCAUCGACUUUGAUCCUCACCAAGGCUGUCCACCUCAACAAGGCCACCCCGAUCAACUAUGCCAUCAAGAAGACCGGUUACUACUGUGUCUUGACGGGCAAGUUCAACACCGAGAAAUACGAUGCCGUUGUCGAGUACCGCAACGCAUAUGGCGAGCUUCAGGCCACACAAAUUCCCAAGUUGCCCUUCUAUGGCGGAAUGACUAUCCUAUAUGCUCUGAUCGCCGUCUUCUGGGGCUUCUUGUACUAUCAGCACCGUCAUGACAUCUUGGCUGUGCAAAACUAUAUCACGGCCAUCUUGAUUUUCUUAGUCCUCGAGAUGCUCAUGACUUGGGGCUUCUAUGACUACCAAAACCGCAACGGCGCCAACAUUGGAUCCAAGGUUUUGCUUACUGUUGUUGGAGUUCUCAAUGCGGCGCGAAACUCAUUUUCCUUCUUCCUGCUGCUCAUCGUCUGUAUGGGCUAUGGCGUGGUGAAGCCCACACUUGGUAGAACCAUGAUUUGGGUCCGAUGGCUUGCCGCUGCACACUUCCUGUUUGGGCUGGUGUACUCCAUCACCAACCUCUCCAUUACCCCUGAGACCGCAGGUCCCUUUAUCCUCCUGAUUGUGCUCCCCCUGGCUGGCACACUCACUGCUUUCUAUGUUUGGACGCUCAACUCUCUCAACUUCACUCUCAAGGACCUCCGUGAGCGAAAGCAGCACGCCAAGGAAGCCAUGUACAGGAAGCUUUGGUGGGCCAUCCUCAUCAGCGUCCUGGUCAUCUUUGGAUUCUUCUUCUUUAACAGCUUCACCUUUGCCUCUUCCAGCGAUCCUGACUUUGUCCCCUUCCACUGGAAGACGCGAUGGUUCGUUCUUGAUGGCUGGUUGAACAUUGUCUACUUGGCGGACGUUGCCUGGAUCGCUUACCUCUGGCGCCCUACUGCCAACAACCGCCGCUUCGCCAUGAGUGACGAGAUCGCCCAGGACGAUGAUGGCAACUUUGAGAUUGGCGAUAUUGGUGUCCCUGGAGAAGAUUCAGACGAUGAGGAGGCUCAGUUGGGCAAGCCUCAGAACAACACUCAGGCUUCCAACGGCCUGUCGUUCUCUAGCUCGUCACAAAGUGCCAACCAACAACGAAACACUCGCACAGCUCCUCGCGAGUCACUAGAAAACGAGACCAUCUUUGCCAUUGGCGAGGACGGAGACAAGUUUUCUGAUGAUGGAAGUGACGACGAGGACGCGAAGCUUGUAAAAGCCAAAUAAAAGAAGCCGUAGGGGCAAGGGACAAGAUUGCGCAUGACUGACAGCUGGCGCAUCUUUGUAUACAAGUAGGUACCUAUGUGAUGGGCAACAAUUAUGGGACUGGUGAAUGAAUCGGAAGUUUUUUGUGUCUUUUUGCUCUCUCUUUUAUCCAUUGUUAUCUUGUAUGGGCUGGGUUGCGUGACGUGUUACAUAGUGAAAGGAUAGAACCUGAAUUUUACACGACUCCCUGAGUACUUAUACAAUUCAUACCGAUUUUGAUGGGUUUACACGAUAAUACAUGUGCUUUCUUUCCGCCUCUUGAGACGCCAUUCAUGGCCAAUCUCUUAGCCGAUCUGUCAUGUCUAAGCAUUGACAUCGCCUCCAAAUCCAACAGGUCGUCUUCGUCCAUCGUUCUCUGGUAGAAUAGCCAGAGCCUUGUAGAGCUUGCCCAUGCCAUCGGGUCCCUUAUCAACAAGUCUCUUCCACGCUCCAUCAAUCUUGCCAGCAGUCUCCUUGUCGACACCAGGGGCCUUGGUCAACAUCUCAGCACGCUCACGAAUGCCCAUCAGCUCAAGGAAAUCUCCCUGGUUGAUGGGGCCGUGAACCUCGAUGCCCUCGCUCGCCGAGGUGGCCACCUCGGCAAUUGCUGUAAAGUCGACGUCGGCGCUCAGGUCGACGAGACCGGGGGCGGAAAAGGGGCUCACGCGACGGUGCUGACGGAUGCCGCGGAGGGAGUUGAUGGGGAUGGUGUCAGAGGUUCCGUAAUCAAGGAUAAGAGCGGCGCCACUAGGCUUGGGCUUGGGAUGCUGGGGAGAG